AUGGAGCUGGCCGUGAGGGAGCGGCUGCUCGCCGCAGAGAGCGCAGGAGAUGUUCAGGCUCUGAAGAAUGCUUAUGAGUUAAUCAAAUCAUCUAGUGAAGGACAAUCUGCACUUGAUUCAUCAGAUAACAUCAGCACCGACUUAUAUGUUGUAUGUGCUGAACAAGCGCUUCAGCUGGGAUAUCUGGAAAUUAGCAGUGACUGUCUAAAAAUGUAUUUUAAAGGAAGAUUUCCUGUGAACCAAUUUCUUGGCAGAGCAUAUUUGUGCCAAGGCCAGUUGCAUGCCCCACGCUCUACAGAUAAUUUGGAAGAGUUUGAAAAGUUUGUGCUGUUUUUUAUGAAGGCAAUAGAUUUUGCAACCCAUGACAGAAGGUAUUUUUUUUUGAUAUAUAAUGCCUCAGUUCUUUAUUGGCAACUUGUGAGGCCAUUUCUUAAGCCUGGAUACCGCUAUUGCCUUAUUCCCAGCCUUUCACAGAUUAUUACAGCAUUAAACCAAAUUGAAGAGCAAGACAGUGAAUGGCAAGCAGAACUCAUGAUAAAUUUACUUGAGUGCUUCCUUGAUGCUUCAAAACUGGAAGAAGCAAAAGAGUUUUCAUCUACUGCAGCAGUCUUUAUUAAGGAAAAUGUUCCAGAUAAAUAUUCUCAAAUAUUUUCUUUAAUGGUGUAUCACAAACUAAUGGAUAUUUCCCAGGUAGAGAAGGAAAUACAAAAUUCCAUCCAUCUUUCAGUUAUUUAUAAAAUGCAGGUGUUAAAGUUGCAAUGGGACACAAAUGAAUUUCCAAGUGAUGCCACAGCAAAUCUGAAUUCUCUGUAUGUGCUUUUGAAACAAUAUGAUGUACCUCCAGCAUUUGUUCUCAAUGUGAAGAUUCCUUUGAUUCUGGAAUUAGCUCAUUUUUCUCUGAAAGUAAACUGCACUGAGCUCACAGCUCAUUGUAUACUUGAUUUGAAGAGCGCUCCAAUUACUGAGCAAGGGAAACUUAUUGAGAUAGAAUGUCUGGAAUGUGAAUAUGAAAUGAAGAAAAAUGGUACUGAAAUUGUGACUUAUACAAAAGGAGUUGUUGAGGCUCAGCUGAAAUUGAUAAAAAAUCUUGAAUUAACGUUAAAACGGGCAGUUCAUUUGGGAGAUCCUGGUGCAAUUCAGGUUGUUUGUGCAACCCAGUGGAAUCUGUGCUUACCAUUACUACAACACAAUUUGCGUCAACAUGUGCGAAAGCCACUGAUCUCAGUUGCUGAUGUCCUUGAAAAGAUUGACAGCAUGUUGAUUUUGUUGCGUUGCCAAGUUCAUAUGGAAAUAGCUCGUAUUGAAGAAGAUGGGGAUAGACUAGAGGCUGCUCUGGAACAUGUGCAUAAAGCUAUGCACCUGAACAACAAUGGACAGUAUCAAGAACAUCUAAGGCUGUGUUUUAACCGCCUUCGUUUGAGUGUCGUGCUGUAUGAGCCACCUGAGCAUCUAGAGGAUCAGGCGUUAGUGCUGAUUGAACAGGCUAAAAGGGGAAACCAAAAGGAUAAUGCAAGGAAAAAGAGAUCCCUUCUGGUAAAUGCAGGUCUUGCAUUAGCUCCUGACACGUUUCAAAUAGUCCUUGACAGUGAAAAUGAAGCUAAAGUUUCCUCAGGUAAAAGUAAUAGUCAAAUAAGCUACCUCUGUGCAAAAGCCCAACAUCAUACUAAAAGUGUGGAGAAAGUUGAUGAACAUCUGAAACACUUAAGAAAUGAAAAUGGCAGAGAAAGAAUUAUACUUUGGGCAGAUUUGGCAAAAGUUGCAUGCAAACAGGAAGUGUGGGAUGUCUGUCGUGCAGCAUGUAGAUUUUGUCUCUUGUAUGAUGAUAUUUUGUUUAGGGAGGCAACAAAGCAUAAAAAAGCACAGAAGAACAACACUAAUCCAACUAUGAUGAUUGAUGGUCAAGGUGACAGCUCAUCAGGAGAAUCAUUGCUGCCUGCUAAAUCCUUCUCUUUUGAAGCAGAUUUGCUCAGAAUACUAGCAGAAAUAAGAUUUAUUAAUGCAGAGGCAACUGUUCAUUUAUUAAGAUUGCAGGGAAUCAAACUGAAUGAUCAUGCUGUUCCUCCAGAAGCUAUGUACCAAUGUCAUCCAGGAUAUGUUUCAUAUCUUCCUGAAAGUGAUCCAGAAUGGAAAACGUACAGUUUAUGGAUAGACAGCUUAUCUCAGUAUGCUAUGGAAAACUUCCAGCGUGCAGCUGAAAUAGGAGAAGAAUUGAAUGAUGCCUGGAUUGUUCACAAUGCUGUGGUGUAUGUCUUAAAUUAUAACAGACAUCUGAUUUCUUCAGGAAGACAGAGGGACAUUAUUGAGUAUCUGCAGACUCUUCUUGGAGCCAUCAAGACUGUUGGGCACAAUGGAAGUAUUGAAAUUUUACUGAUGUUAUGUAAUGCUUUGGCUCGAGGCCUAAUUAUUUCUUGGAUUCCAAAGCCAAAACCUGCUGAGAAGAAAGACGAUACGGCAAUAGAGAGUUGCAGAAAAGCUCCAGAAAAAAACCAGGAAAAAGCGAAUAUCAUCCAGACUCUUUCAGUAGAUCCUAAUGGACUUCCUGACAUCAAAGCUGCCUUAGAGAUUUGUGAAUUUGCCCUAAAUGCAAUGAGUGGAACCAUGUGUAAAGAAAAAGUCUCUGUUGCUGCACAACAACAGAUCAUUGCUACAUGGGUGAAAGCAAAGCAGUUAAAUCAGCAGCAGGUCAGACAUCAACUUGGGAUGCAGGAGGAGGAUAAUAAUGAAGCACAAAAUCCUCUGGCAAGAAUUCUUGUUGGUCUGGAAAUGUAUUCAUGCAAUGGCUUGGGUCUCAUGGAUUUCACUGUUCCUACCUUAGCUCAGUUGGUGAAUUUGGCUUUAGAAUGCAGUUGGUCAGAUUCCUUAGUGGAAUUGCAGACACUGACACGACUUACAUAUUUUGCAUAUGUAUCACAAGACUAUGAAACAGUGAUGACUUGUUCUAAAAGGAUCUUGGAAUCAGAUGAGGAUUCUGUCCACAGUAGAAAUAUUAAGAAAUAUUAUGGCAUGCUUGGUAACAGUGUGAGACAGGAAAUGUUAAGCACUACAGCCUGUAUACAAGGGAAGAGCAUAAUGGAAAAUUUGUCUGGAAGAAAACAUCUGCGUGUAGCAGCAUCAAAAACCUUUGUUCAGAGUGCCAGGUAUGCAGGUGAAGCUGGAAAUUAUUCCCUUGUAAUGUUUGCAGCUAGGCACUUUUGGAAUGCAUGCUUACCUUUGCUAGGCUCACCACAUGACAGAGAACAGUUUAAAGAACCUACUGAAAUAGUUCUUAAGAAUAUAGUUAAAGCAGAAUCUAAAAACAAACAGGAAAAGAAAGAUACAUGUCCUUUGCAUCAGUGGAUUACAAAGGAUUUUCAAAAUAUUGGGUUAUCAGUUGGAUGCUUUCUUCCAGGUGCUGAGGAAGAUCUGACAUUAAGAACCUCCUUAUAUGGUCUAUUAUUCCACAUCUAUGCUGGUAAAGCUGACUGGGAAACAGCACUAAAAAUCCUGGAUGAAGCUAUUCAAGUUUUGCCUCAGACAAGACACAAACUCCUGAUUUUCAAACUUAUGGCUACAGUGAGGGCAGGAUCAGGAUGCAAUUUCAUGAUGGCUAUUCAGAAACUCAGUCAUGAAAGUGAAGAUUAUUUGUCACAUAUGUGGCAACACUUGGUAACAGUCUCCAGAAGUAUUGUUGGACAGUUAAGCUGUUUUCAAAAUGCAAUCAUUGCUUUACAGAAACAAGAAGAUGAAUGGCAGAGAGUUGAUUACCUGAUGGAAUUUGCUGAAUGCUUAUAUUGUAAUCAGUUUCCCCUCAAUGAUGCUAUUAAACCUCUGGAAUGGGCAGUAGAUCUCCUACUUCGUAUGAAAUUCCCUAUGCAAUCCUCACAAGAGGAAGGAAACAAUGCUAUACCAAAAUUGUUGCCUACAGAAGAUGCAAAGAUGGACAAUGGAGCAAGUGGUGCCAUGGCUGAAAUUAAUUUGGAAGAUUUGAGUAAUAUUAAACAACUGGAAGCUUUGUUUAGAGCACAGACAUUAAUGGCUUUAUUUUCUGGUCACAGUUCUUCUUUUCAUCAGCAGCACUGUUUGAUGGCAUAUGCCUGUAUUGUCCGUAUCUGGCAGGUGUCGUUGUCAGCAUCAGGGAUUAUUACAAAAGCAUUCUCCCAGACUUCACAACCUACCAGUCCUCAGAAAGUGCUGUCAAAAACUGCUAAAAAAGACAAGGACAAAAAGAAAGAGAAACAAGUUGAAGUUUCUGUUGCAAAGGAGAAGCCUAAAGGGAAAGAAUCAAUUGAUACCUUACCAGCAAAUGUGGAAGAAUGGGCCCAGUAUGACUGUCCCAAUGAAAUCAGAGAUACUUUUAAACAGAAAACAAAUUGUUAUGGUAUUAACUGGGAUAAUUUCCCAAAACCUACUUGCACUUUGUAUUUUAUGGACCUUUUAUCUAAGGAACUACAGAAAAUUUUUUGCCCCCACUUGACUCUUCCAAUCUUUCAGCUAGCUGAAGUUAUUGCUAGUGAAGUUCUGGAAUGUAGAAGUCUGUCUGAUCUCUAUCACCUUCGAAUUGCCCUGAUAUGCUCAGAUUUAAAACUGAGUCAGGCAUCUCUGUAUCAUGAGAAAGCUGCUGGAGAAGUGUACAUCAGUGAAUUAGAGCAAGCAAUGUGUAGGCAAGAGAUUGCACUGAAAAAAGAAAAAACUGGUUUUGAAGUAAAUGCAGUAACAGGAAAAGGACUGAAUGCACUUUCUUUCCCCCACUUGUGGAUUGAAAAAGCUGAAGUAUUAAUUCAGCUAGGCUUGUAUCAACCAGCAAGGCUUCUGCUUUCAGAGGCCCAUGCUGCAACUCAGGAACUGAGGGCCCUAUCUGAUAUGUCGAGGUGCUUGUACUUACUUGCUGUGUUGGCUAACCUGGAAAAAAACCACGGACAAGCUAAAGCACUCCUUGAGAAAGCACAGCUUCUGGGAGGAAACGAACAAUUUUGGUAUAACAGUACUCUUAGUCUAACAGAAGCAAUUCUAGAGGAAGACGGGGAAGGAAAACAGAGCAUGGCUUGUGAGAUACUGGAACAUACUGUAAAUGUGCUUCGGUCUACUUUACUGAAGAGACCUGGCAGGCAAUCAGAAUUGGGUUUUAUCAUUGCAUCCCUUGAAGCCAGAAAAACACUUAUUCAGAUACAUUUUGCCCAGGAUCAUAUGACAGUUAAUGCUAAUUAUGCUCAGUUGCCACACAUUCUACAGGAAUCCUACAAUAAAUUAGUUAAAGUUCAGAAGGACUUUUUUCAUCAAGGGCAUAAAUACUACGGUGCUGAAAUACUGCUGGAAUGUGCAAAUAUUCACAGGAUGAUUGCCAAGAAGGAAAGGAACAAAAAAGACAAACACAGUCACUAUCUAGAUGCUUAUAACUUAGCUCAAAGAGCAGUAUCCAAAACAGAGGAAGUAUUUCAUAGCAUUUGUAGUUUAUUUGCAUUUAAUGAGAGCAAAAAUGUUAGUAUCCCAUUAAUGAGACAACUAGCUCUUAGAAAAAUAAAUCUUACAGAAAUUCUUUUGGAUAUUUUUCAUCUUGUCAUUAAUGAGAAAAAGCAUAAAAAUGUGGGAGAAACAUCAUUUCAUGAAUUUGUGGAGGAAUUAAUCAUUGAAGAUGAUGCAAUAGAACAGGAUUGGAAGUAUAUGGAACGCACCAUGGCUCAUAUUACACUGGCUCAGUUAGCAAACAUACAGAAUCUUUGUAAAGGCUGCCCCAACAUCAAAUCCAAAUGCCUGUAUCUAACAGGAAAAACCCUUCAUUUACUUGCCAUUAAUGUAGAUCCUGUAUAUUCAGAGAUUUACUGGAAGCCAAAUGUUAUGGAAGAUGUUAAAUCAGACAUCAGAAAAUCUUCACUUACUUCAGCUGAAUGCAGUGAACAGAGCAUGACAGAGAAUGGUUUAUCGACUAAAAAAAGUCAUAAUGAUAAGUAUAGGAGGAAAAUACAGGAAUUAAAGACACAACAAAGGAUGGCUCAAAAGUAUCUUUCUCAAUCCAGUGAGGCUUUGUUACAGUCCAUGGCUGUUGCAUUCAGUCAUAAUGUUACCGAUGUACUGGCUCAUGCUAGUUUGGAAAUGGCUGAAUGCUUUCAACAGUUUGAUCCAAUUUCAACCAGCCAGUUUUUGUCACUUCAUCAGACUUGUUCAGUGUCUAUGAUGAUGAAGAGUAUCCUUCUAACUGCAACAUCCAACACCAGCAGCUCUCAGCUGGCAGCAUUGCUGCAUCUUCAGAAUCAGUUAAAACAACACAGAAACACAAGUGAUCUUCUAAAACGUGUGGAACAGCAACUGACUGCUAAUUCGAUGGCAUGGAGAAACCUCUGCAUUCCUGUUGAACAUUUUAAUAUAGUGGACGAAUUGCCGGCCAGUUUCUGCAUAGUUAUUCUCCAGCAUUCAGAAGACAGAUCACAGUUGUACAGUUCAUUGAUUAGGAUGGCUGAAGUAAGUACUGCACAGCAGAAAGGAAAACUCACUAAGCGAAGGGUGCAAGCAAAAGUCUCUCGAUUUCCUGUGAACCCUGAUAUGUUUCAUAUUUUGUUGGAAAAAAUGCGACUUUACAAGCAGCAAAAGAUGAAGAAUCAUCCUAAAAAACCUGUUAUUCAGAACUCUCAAGAGUGUGUCUCCAAAACAGAUGUGACUCCAACAGAGAAAAUAGAUGAUACUGAGCUUGAUUUGACAUCAGAUUUCUCUGAAAUAAUAGAAAUUAUGGAAGACUAUCUGAAACCAACACUGUCACAGUUUGAUUUUUCUGCUAUCAGAGCAUCCCAGUGUAUAUCAGUUUCCACAGCUGAAACAGGAAAAAAGAAAAUGAAAGAAAAGGACACCAAACAAGCUGGAGUGCAGGAUACACCUGUGGAUUCAGGAUUGUGUGUGGUAUUACUAUGGGAUGCGUUAUUUAUGGAAUUGCCUUUGGAAGCUCUGAGUAUAUUUAAAGAGGAAGGAGUAAGUUCUGUUUCCAGAGAUUUUUCUCUCCAGCUUCUCUACAAUCGACUACAUUGGACUGAGUCAGAAAAAUACACAAAAGCUCAUCAGAAAAAGAAUGCCCAAAUGGCACCAAUGAAUCAUGAUCUACCUUCUGAUUGCUUGCCUGUUGAUACACGUAAUUUUAAAUAUAUUGUUGACCCCUAUAAUGAAGGAAGAGAAGCAGAAGGUUCAAGUCCUUCCCACAAAAUAAAGGAAAUCCUAGAAAAAUACCAUGACCUAUUUACACUGCAGUGGGAAGGUGUCAUUGGCAAUAUGUGUGCUCCAAGCCAAGCUAAAUGGGAGCAGCUGCUCACAAACUGUAGUGCAUUUCUGUUCUAUGGGAUGGAGAGAUUCAUGUCUCAUGUGUUGCUUAAUUGGUUGGCUGCUAUGAACAUCCCAAAAUGCCGUUUGGUGAUUCUUCUCGAUCUGGUACGAUCACAGCAAAGUUACCAAAGAAUUACAAACUCUGAUACCCACAAAAGCUGUCUGCGUAUUGCUCUAGAGAGACCAACAGAGACAGCAAUGCUUCUGAGCCUUACAGGUGUUGGUUCUGUCAUAGCCCCCCAGUGGUACACAAGCUUGGAGGAGAAUGCAGAAAGGCUGGAGACCUUGUUUGAGAAUUUGCUGAGCUUUGGUAAAAUGACUGGGCAGACAGUUCGUGUUCUUCAGAAUAGCAGAAAUCACAGGAGAAGGGAUUCCAUUGAAAUGGAUGCAGAUUCUCACAGCUCUCCUGGAGACAAAAUAGAAGAGCAGACUGUUUGCACUUCCUUGGAUCUUCCUGCAACUCAUCCAUCAUUUUUUAAUUGUGUGCUCUAUGGUUUACCCCACAUGAUUCUGAUGUAAUUUGUGUCAAUCUUUUCAUGCUGGGAAUACCUACACUGAUCUAAGGAGAGGUGAGAUUAAGAAGAUAUUCACAUUGUUGGUUUCUGUUUCAGAUGUUAACAGUUUGAUAUCAGAGUUAGUGUCAGGAAAAUAGAAUAUAUAGUUCAGAAAUUUCAGUUAGUACUCUAAGGGUUUUUUAACUUGGUGAAUCCUUUAAAAAUAUGGUAAGUACCAACAUAUGUUAAAGAAAAGUGGGCUAGUAUUUUUCAGCCUUGAUGCAUGAAUGAAAUUGGAAUGUAUCAAUGUCA